GCUAGUUUCAGGUCAAGCUAAGACUAAACUGGUUGCUUACUUUGCUUCAGUAGCUACCUUUUGGUAGCAUCACAGUCUGUGUCACAAAAAGACUAUGCUGUCAUUCUCAGCUUAGCUAGUAUUUAGGACAACCCCUAGCCCAUUGAGGAAGGAAACAAAAAGGAUUAAGGGCAGGAUGAGAAAAAUAAACCGGAAAGAAACUGGUUUAAUUGCCCCUCCUUAUAUUUGCAAUUAGAAGAUAGCCAUAAAUUAUGAGCCCUUCAAAGCCUAUAAAAAUAUACUAAACAGUACUUCCAUGCCUACUGUAAAAAAUAGAUGACAAGGCACUUUAAUAUUUGUCAAAAACAAGGUGACUAGCACAUCUUCCAAGGAAAGAAACCACUACAAUCAGAAUCCAACCUACAGAGAUGGCUAAAGAAGAAAACUUAUAUUUAUUGAAAAGUUCUUAUGUCAGGCUCCCACAACUGAGAUGAGCAAUAAGCAAUUUUCAGAGAAAUGAUGGAUAGAUAGUAUAACCAUCUCAGUAUGCUUGAAUCCCUUUGUGAUUCUUUUCUUUCCUUGACAAGUAUAUUAGUUAAUAAGAUCACUGUCCUUUAACUAUUCUUUUUUUUUCCUUUUUUUUCCUCUUAAGAAAGGCAAAAUAAUUCCUUUUUAUAGGAAUUGUGGGUCACAAGGGAGUUUGGCAGUGAUUAGAGCAGGAAUACUAGGAAAGAAGCCCUCAGUCUCUCAUUGACCUAUGGUGCAACUGUGGAAAAAUCACUUAACUUCUCUCUGUGUGUUUCUCCAUCAGUCAGAUAAAACCAUUACUAACCACUCAUCUCUCAGGGGGGUUGUGUUGCUUAAUUGUAUAGCACUUGGAAAAAAUUUCAAAUGAAAGGGAGUAUAUAAGUGCACAUUACUAAUAUUUGCAUGCUUUUAGUUUUCUUGUUUGUGUAUACAUUUGUUUUCUACAAUAUUCACAACCUUUUGAAUUUUUUAUCACAGGUUCUCCAGGUGCUUUGUAAAUUCUAAUUAAUGAAACCUGACAGCACCCCUGUGAGUUUGGGAAGUCUUGUUAUUCCUACUUUGUACCCCGAGUAAACAAAAAAAUCAGUGACCUGAGUUUCAAAGAGGCCGAGUAUCUGCAGCUGCCAUUGACUUUCACAGGAAUUGUAGGUACUCAUCAUUUCUGAAAAUCAGGCUAUUAGUGAGUUGCCUAAGGCUAGAUAGUCAGUCAGUGCUAGAGGGGGAACAAAACCCAAGACUUCUGACUCAGGUCUCUUGCUCUAACUAGACAAUGCUUCUCUUAGUUACCUGUAUACUAAAAAUUUAGUUACAGUAAAGAAAUGAUAAAAAGUAAAAUUUGAUUUUAAAACUUUAUCCAUAGGAAAUAAGCCGUUAUUAGUUAUUUCUAAAGAAAAACUGUACAAUUAAGGCUUUGAGAUAAAGCAUUAAAAAGAUUUGACUUCCAUAAUUUUUAGUUGGAAGGGCUUAAGGGGAAAGCGUAGUCAGAAAAGACUCUACUCUGAUCUUAGCAUCGUGAGUUGUGAAACUGAGAAGGGUGACAAAACUUGGCUUUUAAACCAGUUUUACCAGGUGUGUCCUUCCUAUACUGAAUUGUUGCUUCUUGUAGAGCUCUUUCUUCAUAUAAUUCUUCAAGAAAGUACUCAUCCUUAACAUUAUCCUUCUUGGAAAGCUGCUUAGAGUGACUUCUAGUUUAGCCACUACAUUUUAGGGCCCCUUUGAUACCCAAAAUCUUCCGGUUUGUCACAUUUAUUCUCUGAAGUGCUAGACACGCUAACACAAUAGAACCGUGUUAUGGGCACCUGAGAAGCAAGAGGAACUAGAUCAAACAGAAGUGAAACCAACGAGUUUGUUUUCACCCAGUGCUAGCAGUAAAGAAAUGAUAAAAAGUAAAAUUUGAUUUUAAAACUGUAUCCAUCGGAAAUAAGCCGUUAUUAGUAACAGUGGGAUUUCACACUAACACAAUCAAGACGUUUUUUUAAAACAGGACGAUGGUUUUUAUCUCGAUAAACAUUACUUGAAGUUCUCUCUCUUUUAGGGACUCUCGCUUAGGGAGUGCUAUGAGCCUGUUGCCCCACAUGCUCUGCAAGCUGGAUUAAUGCAGAGGAGGCCACAUACAAAGCAUUAAGCCUUCGCGAAGGUUGUCAGCAGCUGCCUACCCCCACCCCGAGGUCUGGUUCACCCGCCCCGCUGCACCCUGAGCUCCGCCCGGCCCGGAACGCUGGUGGCGGGCGCCUGUUCCCGGCCGGAGGGAGCGCGGCAGCGGCGGCCCCAGGAUGGCGGCGGCGGGGGGCCUGGUGUUCCAGUUCCGCGAUGCCCGCUGGCUGCCGGACCCGGUGCUGGGGCCCAGCCCGGCCGUGCGCACGCCGCAGCCGGUGCCGCUCGUGAUCGAUAACGGCUCGUUCCAGGCGCGGGCGGGCUGGGCCUGUCCGGACCCCGAGGUGCCCGGGGAGCCGCUGCUCCGAUUCCGCUCGCUAGCGGCCCGGAGCCGGGGGGCCCGGGGCGGGGCUGGCACCGAGACCCAGGUGGGCAACGACCUGGGCAGCCCCGAGCCGCUGCGCUGGCUCCUCCGCUCGCCCUUCGACCGCAACGUGCCUGUGCAGCUGGAGCUGCAGGAGCUGCUGUUCGACCACAUCUUCCAGCGCCUGGGCGUCUCCUCGCAGGGUUGUGUUGACCAUCCAGUCGUUUUAACAGAAGCAGUGUGCAAUCCUCUAUAUUCGCGGCAAAUGAUGUCGGAGCUCCUGUUUGAAUGUUACCAGGUCCCAAAGGUUUCAUAUGGAGUGGACAGUAUGUACAGCUUCCACCACAACAGGAGGCAGGACUGGCCUUGCAACAGUCUGAUAGUGUCUUCUGGUUAUCAGUGCACGCACAUUUUGCCAGUCUUAGAGGGCAGAUUGGAUGCUAAAAACUGCAAACGUAUCAAUCUUGGCGGAUGCCAGGCAGCUGUAUAUCUUCAGCGCCUUCUGCAGCUGAAAUACCCUGGGCAUUUUGCUGCCAUCACUCUCAGCCGCAUGGAGGAAAUACUGCAUGAACACAGCUAUAUUGCAGAGGAUUAUAUAGAAGAGCUGCAGAAGUGGAGGUCUCCUGAGUACUACGAGAGCAACGUGCACAAGAUGCAGCUGCCCUUCUCCAGCAAACUCCUCGGUAGCACCCUGACAUCGGAGGAGAAGCAGGAGAGGCGGCAGCAGCAGCUACGUAGGCUCCAAGAGCUUAAUGCACGCCGGCGGGAGGAGAAACUGCAGCUUGACCAAGAGAGGCUGGACAGGUUGCUCUAUGUGCAGGAACUGCUAGAAGAUGGUCAGAUGGAUCAGUUUCACAAAGCUUUGGUUGAACUGAACAUGGACUCCGCAGAGGAACUGCAAUCAUACAUCCACAAGCUGAGUCUGGCCAUUGAACAAACCAAGCAGAAGAUCCUACAGGCAGAAGUCAGCAUUGAAGUGGAUGUUGUGGAUAGCAAACCAGAGACCCUGGACCUGGACCCUUUGGGCAGUGAACAGUCCCUGGAGGAUGUGGAAAGCAUUCAUGAGUUUGAGCCUUUGUUUGCUGAGGAACAGCCUGAAGUUGAGAAGCCAGUUACCACAGUGGAGCCCGUGUUUAACCUGGCAGAGUACCACCAGCUUUUUCUUGGUACGGAGAGAAUCCGGGUUCCAGAAAUUCUCUUCCAACCUUCUCUGAUAGGAGAAGAGCAGGCGGGCAUAGCAGAAACCAUGCAGUACGUCCUGGACAGGUAUCCAAAGGAGCAACAGGCUUUACUUGUCCAGAAUGUCUUUCUCACUGGUGGAAAUACAAUGUACCCUGGACUGAAAGCCAGAAUCCAGAAGGAGCUACUUGAAAUGAGGCCAUUCCAGUCGUCUUUUCAGGUUCACCUUGCUUCCAAUCCCAUUCUGGAUGCUUGGUAUGGAGCUAGGGAUUGGGCACUGGAAUAUGUGAACCAUGAAGAAGGCUGGAUAACCAGAAAAGAUUAUGAAGAAAAAGGUGGUGAAUACCUCAAGGAGCACUGUGCUUCAAAUGUCUAUGUCCCUAUUCGCCUUCCAAAACAGGCUCCACGGACAACUGAAGCUCUAGCACCCACCAAAGUACUGGCGGCUAGUGUAGGCAAUCCCUGUGACCUGGCAUAGCAGAGAGACUUUGACCAUACACCCAGGGUUAAAGUGACUGCAUGCCAAGCAAAGGAAUAGUUGUUACCCUGCACAGUAAACUCACCAUGGACUGCAGGCUGGAGCCUAGCACAGAGCAUUUAGCACCUUGGGUAGCAAGUUUCUCUUGAACAAUCAGGAGUGGGAGCUGUUCUCUGUCUCUAGAGCAGCAGCUGGCCUUGUCAUAACACUGUAACAUGGAAGCUUUCGGCAGCUCCAUGUCUGAUGUUGCCUGCACAGACUAUGGGACUAUGCGUCCAUUCUAUGAGGGAAUCGAGCAAGAGGAUGAAAACAGAAGAUAAAUAUUUCGGAUGAAAAACAUGAUCAACCUCUUGGAAUUUGAGAGUUGUAUUACAGAAUAUGUUUUUUAGAAUUCUUCAAAUCAAAGAAGAUUUUUUACUUUUUUAUGGUGCUGUUUUAUUAAACGACUUAUUCUAUAAGCAGGAUUUAUAAUGUAGCAGUCCAGCAGGGGUCUCUCUUGCCCAUUACAAUAUGAGUGGUUUGUAAGAAAACCAGCACACUUCAUUGGUAUUAGAAAACAAAGCUGGGCUGAUGCACUGGCUCUAAUCCUUGUUGGUUUGACCAUCGAUUUUUGUUUCCUCCUCCCACCCUCGAAAUAAGUAAUGUUUUGAAUCGGCAGCCAUAAUUGGCUUUUAUUAAUCAUUUGUUUUAAUCACUGUCCCCUUUAGGGUCACUUGUGCUAAUUGCAGUUGAAGUGUGAAGAUAUCCCUGACCUAAAGACCUUACAAUCUCAUGGGCUUGCCAGAUCCUUAACUAUACCUAGGAUCUGGCAGAGGAGAGGUGCAGGUCAGAGUGGCCCCUUGACCUACCGAUAGUUUUGAGACAGUAGGCCCGAGAGAUGUGACCUGACUGGUUCUCCUCCCCUCUCUCUGAGUUUGCCCCUGUUGUGGAAUACCGGUUUAAGACCAUCUUGCUGUGCCCAUGGGUUUUAGAGCAAUCUGAAAGUUAAAAGCUCAUAAUAUAUGGACUUUGACAUUGGGAACCCCUUGAUCAAAUGACCCCACCUUUGCACCACAAGCUCUACCCCAGCCCUUUCUCUGGCCCACUAGUCUUCUGUACAUGUAGAUCUGAAGUCAGCAGUUCACUGGGGAGGGGAGUCCUGUAUCUGAGGAAUCCCUGGACCAAACAACCCCAACUUGCACCAUGAAUUCUACCACAGCCCUAAUGUAGCACAGCGAUAUUAUGGUGGCAUGGUGGUGCCACCACAGUUAAGGUUACAGCAGGAUUUCCACUGUAAUGGGGAGGAAAAGGUUGGCCAAAAUUGUCUUGCGUAACUUAGAUCACUUAAAGUUUAUUGUAGUUUGUGUACGGCUUGGGGUUUUGUUUUGUUUUCUUCCCCUAUAGCCAUCUGUGGGAGGAAAUAGCAAUCAAGGUUUGCGGUGACUGCUUUAAAGAGGGGAUGUGCAUAAAAAUUUUCUAGUGUCUGACAUUUCCUUCAGACCCCCCUUUUCACAAGUAGUACAGCACAUAGGGGGCUGAAUGGUGUGUCCUUUGGUAGGUGUAGAUAGCUUGCCAAAUAAAUUUUAGCUAUACAAAUUGAUGUCUUGACUGACAGUAUCCUCCUGCCAUAUUAGCCAAUAGUGACCUUAAACCAAUCCUUAGAAUAGAAAACUUUCUAUGGGGGUGCUUUUCUUGCUGCUCAGAAACUCAUUGAGAGUCACAGCCACUUGCUCUUUUGUUCCCACAAUCCCGUUGAUGAGGGGGAGGAGCCUGCUGCAUAAUUACAUUACCCUAAUGUUGCUGUUUCUUAGAGUCUUCCUUCUCUUUACUGUUUUCCCUGACCAUGCUCCUGAAGGAACAAAUAAGCAUGCAUGUGUAUUUUAGAGCACUUUGGAAUAUCAGCUCUUAAAUCAGAAGCUUUGCUCUUAGGGCAGAAUUUCCAGAAGAAGCCUCCGCAGAACGCAGGCAGAGAGAAACUACUGCACACAACACAGGUUCUAAGAAAACUGCUGCGUGCAGGACUCAGACUCAGUAUGUGGGUGCUGCGCAUCAGGUGCAGUGACAACGGUGCAGCACUUUGAGCCACCCGCUUACUGUCAGGCUGCCUGUAAACUGUCUUGCAACAGAGUCCCAGUCCUGCUGCACAAGUGCAAAUUACUAUCUCUGGCUUGUUGGCUUGGCUUGAACCUCAUUUUACCCCCUGCCUAACGUGUUGAGUAUUGCUUGCCCAAAGACUAGCUGAGAUCAAGCCCAAGCAGGUGAUAACAGUUUGGGGAGGAUGAGGACCAUAGUUUGAACUUCAGGAUAUGUUUAAAAAAAAAAUUAAUGUCUGGCUGUUUAGGGGGUUGAGGGGACUAUAUCUUAGGAACCCCUUGUUCAAGUGACCUCGCAUUUGGACCACUGAUCUGGAUCCCCAGGGAGGCACAACAGUUUUCAAAACAAUCGGAGGCAGCAUGUGGAUUUCAGAGAAUUUAGAAGUCAGCUGUUAAGGCUGAUACUAUUUGCUGUUUAAUUUGCUCUCCCACUAUAAUGAAGUGGAGGUGAAAGGCUGAGCGUCCCUUAGCCAUGCACUCAUUUUUGACAGACCCCUUGCUGUGGGGGCAGCACGACUCUUUGCUGAAAUACUUCAAUAACAGUGGGAAUUCAUUUAGACUCUUCAAGACUGGAGUAACAAAAGACUAGCUAUGCUGAAUGUUCCAGCUAUUGUCUGUAGCUUAAUUUGGAGCAACGCAAUCAGUGUGAUGGAACCAGAGAUGCCAGAUCAGCUGCUCAAAGAGUAAAAUAGUAUAAUGCUCCAAAAUAGCAACUAUUGAUUUGUCACUUUACACCAUCGCUAGCUGUAGUAGCCAAUGAGAACUCAGAGGGAUGGAAUGCAAUCAUUGGCUGCUAAAAAUGCAUUCCAGCCUAUGGAUGUUGCAUGGGUGAGAUUUUCAAAGUCUCUGAAGGGUUUUGAAGGCCUUCAUUAAUUAUAAUGGGACUUGGGCAUACAAAUCCCCUAGGGCUCUUGGAAAAUUUAAGCCUGUAACUGGGCUUUGUGCCAGGUGGGACUAGAAGACGCAAACUGUGGAGGGAUCCAGCUCAGAGGUGGAGGUUUUUUAGCUUGGUUUGGGGUUGUGUAAUAGGUACUAAGAGUGAAUUGGUGUUGGGGGUGCUGCUGCACCCUCUGGUUUGAAGUGGUUUCCAUCAUAUACAGGGUUUACAGUUUGGUUCAAUAGCUGUCAGCACCCCCACUAUACAAAUUGUUCCAGAACCCCUGUAAGAGUGACUUCUACACAGUAAAAAGCCCUGUCUUAACUGCAAAAAAAUCCACCUGCAUCUCCUGAGUGUAACCUGUAAGCUUGUUUAGCGAGUACAAAGUGAUGCUCAAGGCAGCCUUCCACAGGGGAUUUCUCACAAGUGCCCAUUACUGUAUAGCAAAUGCCUCACAAUCUUUAAUGUAUUUAUCCUCACAACCUCCUGUGAGCUAGGGAAACACUAUUUUAUCCUUGUUUGACAGAAGGGGAAUUGAAGCACAGGUGCCUUUAACAUAUGAAUUCACAGUAACAUAGAUCUCCGUAAAAUUAAUGGUGUGUUAUCACCCCAUUCAGGUAAAAGAACGCAAAGACACAAAUUACCACUUUGUGACAAGCUAGGUGAGCUGAGUCUGUUGUUUAAUCUGAAAGAGGCACUCUUCAACUGAGUUCCACCUUUCACAGACUUGCUUAGAUUUGUUCUGAGUGGAAACACCACAUCACUAGGAAGUCCUGGAGACUGAGAACAUGCCCCACUUGUUUAAAUGUCCCAGAUUUCAGUUUGAGCUGCAGGCAGGUUUGUUUUUAGCGUUCAAGGUUUCUUACGCUCUCUGUCCCAAUGUAACUCCAAUGCUAUGACUCAUUCUCAGUCUCCACCAAAACAGCCCAAGAUCAGAACUCUUUGCUCCAAUUAACAAUCUGUGAAACAUGUAAGGUGCUGCAUAAGUGAGCUGUCCAGAGAAAUGGGCGGACACCCCUGAAUUAUCACUGCCCUCAAGGUUGGAAUGCAGGAUUCUCCCACCCAGAGAGAGGAUACAGUGAUCCUGUGACAACCAGGGGGAAGGCAGGGAGUCAGAAAUGGGGCUGAAGGAGAAGUGCAUAAAUAGUUGGGAAGGCAAAUGAUGCAAUGGAUUUUCCCCUGUAAUAUUACUGUCCCCAAACCCAUAGCAUGUAUUUUCCCAAGGGUUCUAUGCAUCCUGAGAGACUACUAUCCUGGGUCUUACCUUUCAUUCCCAUGUGCUACCUCUCUGCUCUUUUCCUUUGGGUGUGAAAUAGUCCAGGCCCUAAAAGUUCAGCUUCAAGAAGAGUUUCCUUUCAGAGAUGUAAAAUGCUUGAAUCCCUCCUUACCUAGCACCUCUUAGCACAGAAAGUAUUCUGCAGACUGGCUCUUGCUCCCGUUUCUUGGCUACCUAUAUUUAGCUGGUACACAGCUUUCCUCCUCCUCCUCCCCUUCACACAUGCCCAGCACUGGCUCUCUUAGGCAGUAUCGUGUUAAGUUAUUUUUAUGGUAAAUGUUCUUUUUUUACGGUCUUGUUUUCUUCUUUUUCUUGAACACUAGUACUAGGGGGCGGUUUCCCUUUCAGCAUGCUGUGUGGUUCAAUGAGCAGGGCACUAGACUGAAAGUCAGGAGAUCGGAAUUCCACUCCUGUCUCUGCCUUGUUAUAUACACGAUGAUAGACCAGAGGCUAUUUGCUUUGGGACCUUGGGCAAGUCACUGCACUCUUCUGUGCCUUAGUAUUCCCCCAUCUGAAAACAAACAAAAAAAAAGAACUAAUUUCUUAGAGUGUAAGUUCUUUGGGGGCAGGGAAUGGUGUUUUUUGCUCUGUGUUUGUACAGCUCUUAGCACAAUAUGGGCUUGGUCCAUGGCUGGGGUGCCUAGGCACUAUGAUAAUAUAAAUAAUAUCUAACCACCUUUGUAAACUGCUUUGAGAUGGAAGUAUCAAGUGAUAAGUCUUACUUCUUUCAUAGUCUUACUUCAUUCAUAGCCAACUGCAGGCCAGGCAGGAUUAUUAAAAGUUGGCUUUUCCCUUUCUAGACUCAGACAAAAUGUACCUGCAGGAUCUCCCUCUUUGUCUACCAUUUUCUUUAGCAGUGUAGCGCAAUAUCUGCUUCAUUUAUUGUUCAACUUACUGAAGUGACCCUCUGAGGGCAUCUAUGUUUAUGUGUAAAUGGAAGCAAUCAGAAAGAAGAGUCAAUUCAAAAAGAACCCAACCCACCAAUGAAAUUCAAACCACCUUCCUCAAAAGGGCUGGCUGAAUGGACAAGCAUUGCAGCAUGCCAGAAAAAUGUGGCUUGGUUCAGGCCAACCUCUGUCAAGGAGAAUUCAAUGGAGGAGAGUUCUCUAUCCAGCACACUCAGGCUCCCUGUGUUCAAAUGCAGUUAGCUAGUGUGCCUCAGCUGAUCUCAGCUAGAUAAUGUACAAGGAGAGAGGCAGCCUGUAAUAUAACGAGAGCUCUAACCAUGUUCAAAAUAAAGACCUUCCGUUGCACUUGGAAACAGAUGAGUGAGUCAGGGCACCCUAGAGAGCUUUGGUGUAGAGAGAAACCUGGCUUGGGAAGACACCAGGGCUCUUCUGGACUUCUAGGGAAGUUUGUCACUUUGGCAGAGGGCUUGUGGUUCUUUUCCUACUCCCCCUUCUCUCCAGGUUACCCACCUCUCCAUGUUUAUCCUAUGUCUCUCCCUGUUGCCUCUUCCAAUCCAAACUGCUAAAUAGACAACCAGGCAUAGAUUUUUCUCUUAAUGGCCUGGAAGGCUGAGGAUUCUCUACCUAAAUACCCGGGGGUUUGGUGGGAGGCAGCAAGCUCAGGACAAUUAGAAAAGCAUAGCUGUGGGACCUAAGGACAACCUCGGAUUCCCACCAAAGCUUUUAAUGUACAGAGACUCUGGUCUUGAGUGUAUUUUCCCCAUGGCUGUUAAAGGGGACCUGCAAUAAAGGGGGAAGAAGUAGGGUCUGGGGUUUAUUUUGUUACUUCAUGAUUCAUAAUGGUAAUGGCAGCCUCAGUCCUGGUGGUUUUCUUGUUGCUUGUUUUUUACAUUUAAAAAAAUCAGGAAUGUCACAGCUGGUCUUCUCUGCUUUUGCUGGGGGAUUGCUAGGGGCUCUCCGAUGUGUAUUGGAGCAACAGCAUCCUUUAAUUGAAAAGGGAAGGGACCUUGACUAACAUUUUCUUCUAGCUGGUUGCAGGGCAUUUGAGUUAAGUCUAUACAGUCGAAAAGCAAGUGCUUCUCCACACAGUGUUUUCAGGACUUCAACUCUCCCCUUAGAACGAGAUAUAGUUAAAUCGCAGCAAUGCCCUAAUGUUGACUGAGUUAUACAUGUAUAGCCUAUAGCUGUACAUCUACCUGUGUCUAAAAGGAUUAGUUACAUGGGUACAAAAACAAUAUGUAGAUCAGCCUUUAGAGGUUUUAGUUCCUUGGUAUUUGUAAUAUUAAUCCUACCAGUUCUCCAGUCAUUCACAGAGUUAUCCAGAGUAAACAAGACCUAGAUUCCUCAUCUGAAGAGCGGUUUUCCCCCUCAAAGGAAUUCUCAAGCUGCUUUUAUCCAUCAUGUAGAAGCAAGAAAGGGCAUAAAUUCAGGUGGGUUUUUUCCCUUUGCAAAUCACCUUUAUCCCCAUAAGGCAGCUGAACAGGGAGGUCUCCUUAGUGUCACAGGCUACUUUCAAAGGCAGUAGUUGAAACACUUGACCUAUCAUAGUCCUCUAUGUUAUAAGGCUACAAUGAGCUCCUAAUCAAACAGUCCAUAAGCAGCAUCCCAUAGCAAAGACCUGUUUCCUCAGAUGCAGUCACAUGAGCGCACUUCCACCACUGAUUUACCCCGCUUUAGGAAAGUUAUUACAGCGUAGAUGCAAUCUGUUAACACGGAGGUUUGGGCUAUUAAUUAAAAGCGUCUUGUGUAGAGCAGUGGUAACUUGUCCAGUUGCAGGGUAAAUGGCUUUGCUUUCUGAACACGGCAAGUUGUUUUUAAAACCUCGUUUCAUCUCCCUUGCACUAGUGGUUUGUAUCAGCACAGCAUUCCCAACAGUCUCUCCACUGGGAAACAUGCUUACCCCCAUGCUCUUUUGCAAAUUCUGUGUUACAGCUUGGUUAAAACAUCCCCCCACCAGACACACUCUCCCCUCAUCCUAGAUUCUUGCGACAUACCUGGCAUUCUUUCAUUUUUAAUGAGAUAAAGGAGCGGGGGAUUUCACUCUUGUGGAAUCUUAGAGGAACAAUAAGUGGAUUUCUUUUCCAAAGCCCCAUUUAGGGCACAAAAGCUCCUUGUGAGACAGUCCUGUCAUCCCCAGUCAGGCAAGGUUUGUCGUGCAUGGGGGAUCUUUUAGCUAUUCAUUCAAAAAUCCUGCUGAAUAUGAGCUCCCAGUGUGAUUCUGCCGCCAAAAGAGUUAAUGCGUUUCUGGGAUGCGUAAACAGGGGAAUCUCAACUAGGAGUAGAGAGGUUGUUUAACCUCUAUAUUUGGCACUGGAGCGCCCAUUGCUGGAACGCUGUGUCCACUUCUGGCACCCACAGUUCAAGAAAGAUGUUGAUAAAUUGAAGAGGGCUCAGAGAAGAGCCACAAAAUGAUUAAAGGAUUAGAAAACCUGCCUUACAGUGAUAGACUCAAAGAGCUCGAUCGGUUUAGCUUAACAAAGAGAAGGUGAAGGAGUGACUUGGUGACAGUUUAUAAGCCUCUACAUGAGGAACAAAUAUUUAAUAAUGGGCUUUUCAAUCUAGCAGAGAAAGAUAUAAUUCAAUCCAGUGGCGGGAUGUUGAAGCUAGAUAAAUUCAGACUAGAAAUAAGGUGUACAUUUUUAACAGGGAGAAUAAUUAACCAUUGGAACAAUUUACCAAAGGUCGUAGUAUAUUCCCCAUCACUGACAAUUUUUAAAACACGCUUUACAAAUUAUUUGGGGAGUUCUCUGGCCUGUAUUAUACAGGAGGUCAGACUAGAUGAUCACAAUGGUCCCUUCUGGCCUUGGAAUCUAUGACUCCAUGAACCUUCUUCUCCCCCUGCCCUCCUCCUAGCCUUGGAAUCUAUGAAAAGCCCAGUAAUGUUAAUUCGUCCCUUCUUCCUUCUGAGGGCCAUGUUCUUUACGGUCUUUGACGCCAAUGGGAGCAGAGUUAUGCUUCUCUUGAGGGCUGUUGAAACCCAUACCCUAAAUAUCCCAUGGUCUAAUUCAUAGAUUGCUGGCUUGCUUCAGUGUCCUUGGCCCAAAUUUCUCCUUUUUCUUAUCCUGUGCGAUUCCCUGCCAGCUGCUGUCCCACCUUCCAAGCUGGAAGUGGAUGCACAGGGGUAUCCAUCUAGAGUUAUGAACUGCUCUGGAGGAAAGGUGCACUAUUACCACUAUGUUUCAUAUUUUACUCCUGUGGAUGAAACAUUUGAACUGGGAAUCAUAAGGCAGGAACAGGAGUAGUUUUCACCCUGGGAUCUGACUUCUUAUUUAGUUAAAUAUCUGGUGAGGGAAGAGGAGUUGUUACAUGACCAAGUAUGUUACUACAAAGCUAAAGAGAAAAAGAAACCAGUACCACUGUUUUUGCCUUUAUGUGCUCCCUUAGCUGGCUCAAGUAGCACUCCAGCAUCCAUAGUCAUUCCGAGAACUCUGCUGACAUUAUCAGCAAUAAUAGUCAAUUAAGUGUAGCAGGAAGUAAUGAUGAGGAAAUAAACACAUAUGUUCAAUUCGGUGCCAAUGGGGCAAAAGAAAAUUAAUGUUUACCAAGUGGAAAAGGUUAAAAGCAAUACCAGGGAGAGGUGCAGGGGAAAUAUUUCCAAGCUUUCAGUGUUACAAAGGACAAAGAGAUAUAGAAUGUUCUGGACAAUGCUUUUUAUAGUUUGCCAAAGAAGCAAAUUGCAAUACAGCAUUAGAACAUUUUUCACCUGCUGGCUCUCAUUAAUCUGACUUUAGAAACAUGAUUACAAACCCCUUUUUUUGCAGCAUGGGUUUUAAAAAGUGCCCUGAAGGUAAAUGGAUCCAUGUUCUAUUGUAUUGUUUGAGAUUGGAAUGCUGUUUGGUACUAUUGUUAGAAGUGGAAAUUUGCAGUUGUGCUUAGGUCUUCGAGAUUCCAAGGGAUUAGGUCAGUUUUGGCACUUGAUGCCUUAAGGCCAUUUUUUUCCUCCUGUGAAUUUGCUUUUGAAAUGUGCAUAAUAAACUGCUAUUAGGCAGGUACAGCAUGAACUACUAAUCACCUCCAGUCUGGUUUGCAAAGUACAACAGUAAUAGCAUUACACUUUUACAUUACACAAUAGCUAUAGCACUUUUUAAGUGGAGGAUCUUUAAGCCCUCCACCAUGUAAUGGAGACAUGGUAGUGAUUCCAUACAGCUGAGGUUAUAACUAGCUUUCCUCUACACCUGUCUGAUCACAACAAACCUUCACUUCUUGAAAACUCAGGUCUGGCCUUUGGUCAGUGGGUGAUUUCUUGGUGUGAUGUUUGAGUAAGAAUGAUGCGUGCUGGACAAGGUAUUUCAGAAAGGUAAGAGGGACUAGGAAGGGAAGGGAAUGAGUGUUUCAUUUUUCCAAGCAGUGUAACUUUUCAUGGGUGUUGUAUCCCAAACUGCUGAGUCCUAGAGAUUCCACAUUUGUUUUCUUCAUUUGCAUUCAGUGAAGAUUGCCGCCUUUGAGAAGUGCAUUUGGGAGGGUGUCAUUUAUUUUAGCUAUCCAGCCAGAUUCUACUGAUUUCCAUAAUUACACCAGCAUAAAACUGGAGUAACACGGUAGUGAAUCAGAUAUAUGGCUACUAACAUUUCAAUUUUUGCUAAGCUCUCUAGUGCUUUCCUGGCUAGAAUUUUUGUGCAGCUUAAACUCCGUAAGACCAGGGAUCUAGCAAGGCUGGGAAUUGUGUGGAGCUUUGACCGAAGUCCUGUGCCCGCUGCUCCUGAGCUUCUGCCUAGUGGAGCAUCUAAGUUUCCAUACAUAAUCUAGGGAUUGAGUUUUCUUGACAAGUGGCUUCUUGUUACUCUCUGGCCUCACUGCUACCCUAUAUUCUUGCAUAUAAACCGAGUCAUUUUUAAAUUGGCAAUUAGUGGUGGUGGUUUUAUAUGCAAGUAGUCUGAGAAGCACAUUUUUUUUUCUCUUGAACAAUUCCUUUUAGAAAAAAAUUAACUUUAAAAUAAAAGGUAGGAACAGUGGGAAUUCCCAGACUGAAAACUUUCAGUGAGUGAAGGCUGUAAACAGAUGUGGGAUUAAACCAACAUUAUUGUAGUUUGUAAAUCAAGAAAAGUUUGAACAUCAGGAAAUAAUGAAAUCGAGCUCUUAUACAGUGUUUUUCAUUAGUAAGUCUCAACAUGCUUUACAACAGAGGUCAGUAUCAUUAUCCCCAUUUUACAGAUGGGGAAAUUGAGGCACAGAGGGGACAUGACUCGCUCAAGGUCAGCCAGCAAGCCAGUGGCUGGCUUGAAGGUUGUUGACAAACUACAACAGCCCAGAACUACUGUUUAAUUGCCAACACCAACAUUGGCUCUUUCCCACCCCACUUCCCUGCUCUUUACCCCCAGACCCUUUUGACUUUCAAAUACAGACUCCCUCCUGGUAUCCCAAAGGAAAUUCUGUCUAUUGCAGGGGUCGGCAACCUUUCAGAAGUGGUGUGCCGAGUCUUCAUUUAUUCACUCUAAUUUAAGGUUUCACGUGCCAGUAAUACAUUUUAACAUUUUUAGAAGGGCUCUUUCUAUAAGUCUAUAAUAUAUAACUAAAUUAUUGUUAUAUGUGAUGUAAAUAAGGUUUUUAAAAUGUUUAAGAAGCUUCAUUUAAAAUUAAACUAAAAUGCAGAGCCCCCCGGACUGGUGGCCAGGACCCGGGCAGUGUGAGUGCCACUGAAAAUCAGCUCACGUGCCGCCUUCGGCACGCGUGCCAUAGGUUGCCUACCCCUGGUCUAUUGGCAUGUGUGAACCUCCUCCUCAUUAAAAGCUUGAGAUCAGACUAAACACUAACACUUUAUGUUUUAACCUCCCCAUGUGGUCCAUGCAGCCUUAGCCGUCAUUUACCAUCUACUCUUGGUUGGGUGGUACGCUCUACGUCAAUCACCCUCCAUAUUUGUCAGAGACCCAAUUACCAGAUACAAACUGGAUAUCAAUCUUCCCCAUCACCCCCAUCUUCCAAUGUCCUUCUUGAACAUUGGAAGCCACAUCUUCAACUAAUCUGCCCACCCUUUGUCUGUCUUGUCUACUUGAAUUAUAAACUGUUCAGGCCAGGGACUGUCUUAUGAGGAGUUCGUCCAGCAUCUGCACAGUGAGCCCCAAUCUCACUUGGAGCUUGAAAGCACAAUGCAAAUGAAAGCUAGAGGGAAUAGCUGCUCAUAUUAACUAGUGGAAUUUCCCUUCUAAGAAGGGAGGGUUGAACGGCAGAAUAAAAGCCGAGAAUUGGAACUCUAACUAUUUAUAGACUUUGAUGUUGCAGCUUCUGAAAUGGAGGGUGUUCAUGUUCAUGCUAGACACAUGUAUUUGCAUGGUAAGGAAAUGCAGUCAAUACAGCAUUUUGAAGUGGUUAGCAAUUUACAGCCUUAACUAUCAUAACCAAGUAUUUGUCUGGAAAUGAUUGAAGCUUAACACGCCUGAGAGGUAGGCAUUAUUGUGGCCUGUUAACCUGUGUGCCUCACCUUUCACAUCUGUUAAGCAGUUACCAAAGAUGAUACAUGGACAGAGAUGAAGGUGGGAAUAGAACCUGGGGCUUCAAACCACCCACUGUCCUCCUCUGGUUUUUAGUGUUAGUGCCACACUUUGAAAUUACCAAAGGAUCCUUUUUUAAAUGUCCACUUAAUCUAAUCAAAUUAAGACUGGCUGGUGCUGCACUAAUUCCAUUAACAAGGAAAGACCACCACCAUUUGUUAUGAAAAAUGGCUUUCCAGUAAGGGGUGUUAUAGUGUGAUUAUGUAUAGGAAUUUAAUACAUGUUUUCAGGAAGUACUUGAUGAGAGAAUAAAACGUGAAGGAAGGAAUAAAGCCUGAAUGUUG